AGUCAAACAGAGUUAUGCAUCUAGACACAACAAUGCAGUUACGUGGCGCCCUCUUUAUUACAUACUCUUUCAUUCUAAUUCAACUGACAGAUGGCUGUAUGUAUCAUUUCGACAGCACACAAAGCAAAGUUGGAAACUUCUCAUCUCCGAAUUUUCCCGCUAAAUAUCCAGACAAUCUCCAAUGUAACUACCAGUUUGUCGGCAAACCUUACGAGACAUUGCGAUUAACGUUCUUUUCCUUUGAACUGGAACAACCAUAUAAAGACGGGUGCCUCACGGAUUACGUGGACAUUUCUACAGUGACAGCCUUUAAGGUUAAACAGCUUGUGGGACGUUUCUGCGGCAGAGAUGUCACUUCUCCUAUACAAUCAAUGUAUCCCCAAAUGGAGAUAAUGUUUCGGACCAAUCACGCCAAGCAGUUCCGCGGUUUUUACGGAAAAUAUGACUUUAGAGCUGAGAAAGAUGUCCCUCCUCCUGAGUCAUCUCCCAAAGUAAAAGGAUGUGGUGGAAUUGAGACUGGAUUUGGAGGAGUAAUCAUAUCUCCUGGCUAUCCGGACUCAUUUCCAGAGGAUGUGAAGUGUAUCUGGCUGAUCAGAGUGGCUCACGGGAUGCACAUCUACAUUCGAGUACUGGAACUGCAGCUCUACGGAAGUAUUGCUAAUUGUGCAGAUGCAGAAUUAUCUGUAUUUGAUGGGUACUCCAGCUUCGAGUUCAAUCCAGAUCUAGUGAAAAGAUACUGUGGUGAUCUGAAAUAUUAUAAAAAUGUGGAAGAAAAAACAGCUUUAUCUGAAAGAAACAGACUACUUAUCCGAUUUUUGACAUCACGUGGACAAGGAAAGAUUGGAGACGAAAUUAUGGGGUUCAAGUUGAUGUGGACAGCUGUGACAUUUAGAAAAGAAGGAGAAUGUGAGGGCUUCACCUGCAAAACUAGUCAGUUUUGUGUGAACUCAGGAUCUCCAAUGUGUGCUCAGACCCGGCAGUAUUGUAUCGAUCCUUCGCUCGUGUGCAACGGACUUCCCAACUGUAGUGAGAACGAUGUUAGCGACGAAGAUCAGUGCAACAUUCCCCUUCUUGCAGGUUGUGGUGCCGCUGUUUCAUUGGUUGUCCUAUGUAGUGUGGUAGGUAUAAUAGUGUACAGGAAGCGUCGUCGUGUGGGCAAAUCAAUGUCACAAACCCAAAACCUCAAUAUGCAACUUCGACAGCUGGAGUGUAGUCCGUCUUUUCCAAACAGAAGUUCUGGAAACUAUUAUUCAUCACCCUCAGAAGUCUGUUCGCCUUUAGAAACGAAUUGCAGACUUCACCCACAUUACGACGUUAUUGUCACUGACAACUAUCCGAAUUACCGCACCGAUGUUUGAGACCGAUUAACGAUAACACAACAACAUGUUUAUUGAUGUUGAAUAACGAACACUUCAGAUUGAUAACCCCCGUAUGCUUUUUGCAUCUAUUGAUGGAAAAACAUAAUUUUUAAGCGUUGCAAAAACAUAUGAACGCCAGAACACUUCAAAUAACACAGUCACUCCAGAGCGAUUUGUUCUCUUUGGUCUCAUUAAGAAUGAUGGAGAUAAAAAUGACAAGUAGUAAGAUUGUCCCAAUAAACGAUUCUUCCUUA